AUGAAGGAAAACGGCAUCUUGGCCUCGGCUCUAAUACAUAGGAUGGUGAUUGAACCGUUACAAGAUGGCCUGGAAGACGAAGCCUACAUUCAACGGGCACGUAUGAUUGUGCUUGUGCUAUUGGGAGGGUUGAUAUUACCCGACGGCUCAGGGUGUAAGAUACCUCUCAUGUGGUUGACCCAACUUCGAGAUGUAGAGGCUGCCUCUCUGAUUAGUUGGGCGAGUGCUGCACUUGCUACAUUAUACCAUAAUCUUUGUGAGGCGUCCAUGGGCAAAAGGAAAGACAUUGGAGGUCCGACAGUGCUCCUACAGCUGUGGGUGUGGGAAAGAAUGCCCACUUUGAGACCGGAUUUUGUGAUGACACGUAUACAUCCAGACUCCUGCCUCGAGAUGAACAACAGUUGGAGAUCUGUGACGUACAUGGUUUGUUGGGCUAUUGUCGAAGCACAUGAGCCUGAGCGUGUUGUUAGACAAUUUGGAGGCACGCCCUUUAUCCCGGAAUUGCGUGAUUGGGGUUUCAAUGAAAAUCAUUUCAAAACCAAUCGUCGUGGAAAAGCUAAGACGAACUGGGCUGUGCAGAACAAGGCCUGUAUCCAACAUUGGGGGAGAAGGUCGGAGUUCGUGUCUAAUCACUACAUGGAGCCUCUUGCAGACCACGUGCAGGUGAUGAAAACUCGACUAUACAUGGAGUGGUAUUUUAAAAUUACCAUUACAUAUAUCACACAGCGGGGUAGGCUUCCAGAAGUAGGGAUGAACACUGUUGCAUCAUCAUCUACACUCCAAGUAAGUAUUGUAUUUUUAUAG